AAAACCAUUGUUUUCUCUCUUAACAAUCACUGCAAUUUUCUCUCUCUUCAACCCCUCCGCGGCGGCCGAUGGCGGCGGUGGCGAAGCGGCCGUCAUGGCCAAGCUUGCCAAAUCCAUCUCUCCAACGCCGUCCGGCUGGUCCGGCUCCAACCACUGCAAGUGGACCGGCGUCUCCUGCGACUCAUCCGGCCGAGUCUCCAACAUCAACCUCUCCUCCAAAUAUCUCUCCGGCGAAUUACCCUCCGAUCUCAACCAGCUCUCUCACCUCAAAAUCUUAUCUCUCCAACGAAACCAGUUCUAUGGCCCCUUACCCUCUCUCUCCAACCUCGCAUCCCUCGAACAAGUCUUCCUGGACUACAACAACUUCAGCUCUAUCCCUCCUUCGUUUCUCUCAGGCUUAACGAGUCUUCAAACAUUGAGCAUCAGUAUGAACCAUAAUCUUCCUCCAUGGACCAUCCCCGAAACCCUAGCCGAUUCCACCACGUUGAAUUUCUUCGACGCGAUGGAUUCCAAUAUCGUCGGUCCAAUGCCGGAGAUAUUCGGAUCGUUCCCGAAUCUGCAAACGGUUAGGCUUGCAUACAACAAUCUUACAGGGUCUUUGCCGCAAUCAUUUUCCAAAACAGGGAUUGAGAAUUUAUGGAUUAACAAUCAAUUGAUAGGUCUUUCGGGUAGGAUUGAUGUGCUCGGCGGAAUGUCGCAAUUGACUCAGGCUUGGGUUCAUGUCAACAAGUUCUCAGGUCCAAUUCCUGAUCUUUCCAAGUGUACUUCGCUUUCGAAUCUUCAGCUUCGAGAUAAUGAACUAACGGGUGUGAUUCAUCCUUCUCUGUUUUCGCUUCCCAAGCUUGCUAAUGUCUCAUUGCAGAACAAUAGGUUGCAAGGUCCAUACCCUGAUUUUCCCAAAGGUGUUCAGGUGACACUUGGGAUGACCAACAAUUUCUGCAACACGAAGCCGGGACCCUGUGACCCUCAGGUGACGGCAUUGCUUGCAGUGGCAGAGGCUCUGGGUUAUCCAAUGACAUUGGCUGAAUCAUGGCAGGGGAAUGACCCUUGCCAAGGAUGGAAUGGGAUUUCGUGUGAUCCGAAGGGAAGCGUGACAGUGAUCAAUUUCGGGAAGAAACAAUGGAUUGGGACUAUAUCACCCGCCAUUGCUAACCUAACUGCAUUGAAGAGUGUGUUUUUGAAUGACAAUAAACUCACCGGUCCAAUACCGGCUGUCUUGACCAGUUUGGCACAGCUGCAGCUUCUUGAUGUAUCAAACAACAAUCUUUCUGGGAAAAUACCACCAUUUACUUCAAGUGUGAUGUUGAAAUCAUCUGGUAAUCCAUUUAUUGGAAAAGAUUUGCCCACAGGAGGAGGAACAGCAGGAGGUGGUUCUUCUGCUGGUGGUGGUGGUGGCGGCUCACCGUCAGGUGAGACAAGUGGAAAUGGUAAGUCCUCUACUUUGCGGUGGGUGAUUGUUAUUGUUGGCAUUGCUGCUGCGAUAUUUGUGGUAGUUCUGUCCUUCGUAAUUUAUAAACGUUUUGCGAAAAAGCCAAGAUGGAAAUAUAAGUGGGUUAGAAGUUCUAGCGCGGGGAAAGAAAAUGUGAAUAAGAAGGACUAUGGUGCGAUUGGAAGUGAACUACCCAGUAAAAGCAGUUCAGAUAAAAAUGUCUAUGAUGGUGGGGGUGUUGUUAUCUCAAUUGAGAAACUUCGAGAAGUAACAGACAAUUUCAGUGAACAAAACAUUUUGGGUCAAGGAGGGUUUGGUGUUGUUUAUAGAGGAACACUCCUUGAUGGUACACAAAUAGCUGUAAAGAGGAUGGAAUCCGUAAUGGCGGCGGGUUCAAAGGGGCUGAAUGAGUUCCAGGCUGAAAUUGAAGUCCUCUCGAAGGUUAGGCAUAGGCAUUUAGUUGCACUUCAUGGUUUUUGUGUCAAUGGAAAUGAGAGGCUUUUGGUGUAUGAGUAUAUGCCUCAGGGGACAUUGGGGCAGCAUCUCUUUAAAUACAAUGAAAUGGGGUUUCCCCCACUUACUUGGAAGCAGAGAGUAACCAUAGCACUAGAUGUCGCUAGAGGGGUUGAAUACUUGCACAGCUUAGCACAACAAAGUUUCAUACACCGAGAUUUGAAACCCUCUAACAUACUUCUUGGAGACGACAUGAGAGCUAAGGUUUCUGAUUUUGGUUUGGUUAAGAAUGCGCCUGAUGGGAAUUAUUCAGUUGAGACAAGGUUGGCUGGAACAUUUGGAUAUCUUGCACCAGAAUAUGCUUCUACUGGACGAGUGACCACAAAGGUUGAUGUCUUUGCAUUUGGGGUGGUCUUGAUGGAGAUGAUCACAGGUAGAAAAGCACUAGAUGAGACAUUACCAGAGGAGACAAGUCAUUUGGUUGCUUGGUUCAGAAGGGCAGGCAUUAACAGAGGGAGCAUCAGAGAGCAUCUCGACCCCUCCCUAAUCCCAGAUGAAGAGACCUUUGAGAGCAUCUGCAAAGUAGCAGAACUAGCAGGGUACUGCACUGCUCUUGAGGCAUUUCAGAGGCCAGAUAUGAGCCAUGCGGUUAACGUGUUGUCUCCCCUCGUUGAGCAAUGGAAACCCGCCUCCUAUGACGAAGACGAUGGCUUUGGCACUGACCUCCAUAUGAGCCUCCCUCAAGUCUUGCAGAGAUGGCAAGCUAGUGAUGGUAGUUCCAUGACCACCAGUAAUCUGUUUACUAACACAGCUACGAACACACUACAGCACCCUUCAGGUUUCACAAACUCAAUCGGUUUAAAGGAUCGAAGAUGACUAGAAAGACAGAUUUAAAUGCUGAUUGUGAGAGGAGACAGAUUUCUUCAAUGGCUGUGGAGCAACACUUAGUAUAGCCUUUGUUCAGAUUCAACAUUAAAAGCUUUUGUGCUUAAAAGUAUUGCUAGAAUCGAACAUAAGCAGCCCUCUGUUUCCUCAAAACAUUGUUGUUAUAUAUACUUGUAACAGAUGAGAAAGCAGAGUGGUGUUGUGAUUAUGUUAU